UCUGAUAAGGACGUUGGAUUAGUCAUUAGUAUUGAGCACCAACUAGUGCUUCUUCUUCCUGGGUCUCGCAUAGGCCUGGAGUUCUGGACCAACUUAUCAGUAAUUGUUGAAAUUCUUAUCAAUAGCUAAACUUGGAAGGUCAAUCUCUUUGGUGAUGAAGAAUGAAACUGUUGCUUUGCAGGACAAUGGAUUGUCUCGAUGGCCUUGCACGUCUCAUGAUUGUUUCCGAUCUUGAUCACACCAUGGUUGAUCAUCAUGACUCAGAGAACACAUCAUUGCUUAGGUUCAAUGCUCUGUGGGAGUCACUUUAUCGCCAUGAUUCUCUCCUGGUUUUCUCAACUGGGAGGUCGCCUACACUUUACAAACAGCUGAGGAAGGAAAAACCAAUGUUGACUCCUGAUAUAACAAUCAUGUCUGUUGGCUCUGAGAUCACUUAUGGCAAUUUGAUGGUGCCUGACAAUGGUUGGGUAGAUCUUCUCAAUCAAAAUUGGGAUAAGAGCGUCAUUCUUGAAGAAACAUCCAAGUUUCCCCAGCUGACUGCUCAGGCUGCAACUGAGCAGCGACCACACAAGAUUAGCUAUUAUGUUGACAAGGAGCAUGCUCAGGAAGUAAUAAGGUCUCUUUCAGAUGCUUUCCAGAGACGUGGGCUAGAUGUAAAAAUAAUCUACAGUGGAGGUAUGGAUCUUGAUAUAUUGCCACAAGGUGCUGGCAAGGGCCAAGCUCUUGCUUAUUUGCUCUCAAAGUUCAAGGCUGAAAGCAAACUACCUGUUAAUACACUUGUCUGUGGUGAUUCUGGGAAUGAUGCAGAGCUGUUCAGCAUUCCAGAUGUUUAUGGUGUCAUGGUCAGCAAUGCCCAGGAGGAAUUACUGCAGUGGCAUGCUGAAAACGCAAAAGAUAACAAGAAGAUAAUUCAUGCAACCCAAAGAUGUGCAGCUGGUAUUAUUGAAGCUAUUGGCCAUUUUGGGCUUGGUCCUAAUGCAUCUCCAAGAGAUGGUUUGGAUCUCUUAUCUUGCAAGACAGAUAACAGUACCCCAGCAAACAUAGUAGUAAAUUUUUUUAUUGCAUAUGAAAGGUGGCUCCGAGCUGAAGUGGAAAAAUCUGAAUCCUUCAUCCAAAGUUUGAAGGGCAUACUUGAACCAACUGGAUCUAUGAGCACAUCGUCAUCAUGUUUAAAACUGAGCUCCAAGUUGACCAAGGUUUAG